CUGGACGAGUCCUUCGCGGGGCUGCUGGAGGAGAUCCUGGCGCAAACGCCGCUGGCCGCGGGAGCCGCCGGCCCCGCCGGCCCCAAGGAGGCCCAGACCCAGGUGGUGGUGGUGGGCGCCACUUUCCCUGCGGGGUUGAGCGAGGUGCUGGGGAGGUUCACGGACGUGGGACGCUUUGUCACGCUGGCCACGCGGAGCCUGCACUGCCUCCCGCCCCACGUCCCGCAGAAGUUCAUCCGCAUCAAGUGCCAGGACAAGCUAACUGAGCUGCUGCUGCUCCUCAAGGACCGCCGGCCGUCUACUGGGGCCGUCCUAGUCUUCUGCAACAACGCCAGCACCGUCAACUGGCUGGGCUACAUCCUGGAUGACCACAAAAUCAAGCACCUGAGGCUGCAGGGACAGAUGUCGGCAGCCGACAGAGUCGGCAUCUUCGCCRCCUUCCAGAAGGGCGAGGUGGACGUCCUCGUGUGCACCGACCUGGCCGCGCGGGGCCUGGACACGAGCGGCGUGGAGCUCGUGGUCAACUACGACUUCCCUGGCAGCCUGCAGGACUAUCUGCACCGCGCGGGGCGCGUCGGGCGCGUGAGCAGCAAGGGGCCUGGCACUGUGGUCAGCUUUGUCACCUACCGCUGGGAGGUCGAUCUUGUGCGGAAAAUAGAGACCGCAGCCCGGAAAAGGAUGGUGCUCCCAGGCAUGGAGUCCUCUCUUAAGGAGUCUCUGCCUAGAGCGGCUUGAGGCCAGGUGCCCAACAGGAAUAAAAGGCACUGUGGGGAAAAGACUGGAGCCUCCCAGGCACUCUCACCCCAAGCUGAAUAUCCACUAGGUUGCACCAUUAAGUGGAUCCAAGAAAACCAAAGCACCAUUUGCAUUCAUGUCAUUCAUUACUGUUUUCUGUAWUUUUUUUUUUUAAAUGUACUAGGACAAUGUAGCCCCAUGUGGGUCAUACUUACAGCAUUUUUUUUGUUUAACCAUUCCCACU